GUUGAAGUAAAAAAUUCCUAUAAAUCUUACAAACCUCGCACCUUCAAUGGCUCAAUCCUGCGCAGCAGAAAAUGGAGAAGAUCGAGCACUCUUUUCUCAACAUCAGAGGCCUCAAUCUCCACGUAGCGCACAUAGGAAAAGGAGAAUUGGGGACUCUGGUAUUCCUCCAUGGAUUCCCAGAGAUAUGGUACUCCUGGAGGCACCAAAUGGUCGCCGUCGCCGAAGCUGGAUUCCGAGCCAUCGCCCCCGACUUCCGCGGCUACGGCCUCUCCGAGCAGCCCCCGGAGCCCGAGAAAGCCACCUGGGAGGACCUCGUCGAUGAUGUCCUCGCCAUCUUGGACUCCCUAUCCAUCCCCAAGGCUUUCGUGGUAGGGAAGGAUUUUGGAGCCAAACCAGCGUAUGAUUUGGCCGUCUCUCACCCGGAUCGAGUCGCGGGUGUCAUCACCCUGGGAGUUGCUUUUGUUCCCAAACCCUUCUCUCGUGAUAGCCUUCCAGAAGGCUUCUACAUAUUCAGAUGGGGGAAGCCAGGCCGAGCAGAGGCAGACUUUGGCCGGUUUGACGUAAAGACCGUGGUGCGCACUAUCUACAUUCUCUUCUCCAGGAGUGAGAUUCCAAUAGCAGGGGAAGGCCAGGAAAUUAUGGACCUGGCAGACUCUACUACUCCAUUGCCGGAAUGGUUCUCCGACGAAGAUCUUGAAGCCUAUGCUUCUCUGUAUGAGAAAUCCGGACUCAGGUUCCCACUCCAGAUACCGUAUAGGUCAUUCCACAAGUGGGUUUACAAAUCUGAUCCCAAAGUUGAAGUCCCUGCGCUGGUGGUGAUGGGGGAAAAGGAUUACUAUCUCAAGUUUCCGGGAGUGGAGGACUACAUCAGGAGUGGAAUCGUGAAGAGCUUUGUGCCGGAUCUGGAGAUCAUAUACAUGCCUGAAGGAAGUCAUUUUGUUCAGGAGCAGUUCCCGGACCAAGUGAACCAGCACAUCAUCAAAUUCCUUAAGAGCCAUAUCUGAGCUCUAUUAAAGGUUUGGGGUUUAGUUCUAUGUGAUGUUAAACCAAGAGGUAAUAAAGAUUCUUAGUUUGGCGAGCUUCUCUUGAAUGGAUUUCUGAUGAUGUGAUGUUCAACCUUGAUUCUGAGUUACUGUUCUGGUCAAUUUAAUGAAGCCAUGGCACAUGAUUUUCUUUAGCUAAA